CUGUUGUGAGAGGACGGAACCGGAGGGAAAAAAAUUAUCCACGUCUAUCGAAAGCUUCCAGUGAGGGACAAUUACACGGAUAUUGCCAUUUCAAUUGAAGCUUUUAAAGGGAAUACACAUUCGAUUUUCUUAAAGAAAAUAACGGAAUUCAUAGUGGCGGGGUAAGUGUAAAUCCUAUUUACAGGACCUAUUUGUUCAAGCAAGGGAAGAAAAUGGAGUUGGAGGACGGAGUAGUGUACCAGGACGACCCGGGGACAUCGGCUAUGAUGUCGGAGCGGGUAUCGGGCCUGGCCAACUCCAUUUACCGCGAGUUCGAGAAACUGAUAGGAAAAUACGAUGAAGAUGUGGUGAAAGAACUGAUGCCGCUCGUCGUGGCUGUGCUGGAGAACCUGGAUUCGGUGUUCGCGGAAAACCAGGAGCAUGAAGUGGAGCUAGAACUGUUAAAGGAGGACAACGAACAGCUCAUCACGCAGUAUGAACGGGAGAAAGCGCUGAGGAAACACGCAGAGGAGAAGUUCAUGGAGUUUGAGGACAGUCAGGAGCAGGAGAAGAAGGACCUUCAGAACCAUGUGGGCAGAAUGGAGUCCCACUCCCGCCAGCUUGAGCUCAAGAUCAAGAACUAUGCAGACCAAAUCGGCAGGAUGGAAGGCAGGAUGGAAGAGCGAGAGUCUGAGCUGAAGAAGGAGUUCAACUCACUCCAUCAAAGACACACAGAGAUGAUCCAUAACUACAUGGAGCAUGUAGAGAGGAUCAAGCUCCACCAUAUGAGUGUAGUAGAGACUUCAGACUCUGGAACUGUGGGCAGAGUCAGGAAAGAGCGUCCCAUGUCUCUGGGUGUCUUCCCCAUGUCAGGAGGGGGGGCAGUUCUGACCCCUGACCUCCAGGCCAGGUCUGAGACGCCAGGUGCAGAGGCCUGGAGGUUCAACGACCUGGAACAUCCGCGCUCCAAUGCCAGCCUCAAGUUGGAUGCAGACGACCCCCCAGAGAAAAGGGAUGGUUACAGUACGCUGCAGAUCUCUUGGGGGAAUUCUCUCCCAGACGACUGCAAGGACGAGCUGUCGGACCUUGGCCCAAAGUCGGUCACUCUCAUGUCCACCACGGCCUCGGACGUCGCCAUGGAGGGGGAGGGGCCAAACAGUAAGAGCAUGGAGUUGCUGGCGGCACUGGGGAACAGGUCAAUAUCAGUGGGUUUGCCAGAGAACGAGGAUAGCUCAGAGGUGCAUGACAUCAUUGAGUCCACCCCUGAACUGGACAUGGACCUCAGUGGAUACAAAGCAUCCAGCACCCCGACCAAAGGAGGCAUUGGCAUUGAGAACAUGGCGUUUGACCGCAACACAGACUCUCUGUUUGCGGAGCUGUCGUCUGCAGGCAUAGGGGACGUCAUCGGAGACGUGGACGAGGGGGCCGACCUGCUGGUGGAGUACUCUGACCUUAGCUUGCUCGGUAUGGGUCGUGAGGUUGAGAACCUGAUCACGGAGAACACACAACUAAUGGAGACAAAGAACGCUCUGAAUGUGGUGAAGAAUGACCUGAUAGCGCGGGUGGAUGAGCUGUCGUGUGAGAAGGAAGUGUUGCAGGGGGAACUAGACGCUGUGACACAGACCAGGAAAAACCUGGAGGAGAAGAACAGAGAGCUGGAGGAGGAGCUCAAGAAAGUGCGUGUGGAGAUGGAGGAGGUGAAAGGGAAGCCAAACGAGGAAGAGGAUAGUGACGUUCCUACAGCCCAGAGGAAGAGGUUCACCAGGGUAGAGAUGGCUAGAGUCCUCAUGGAGAGGAACCAGUACAAGGAGAGACUGAUGGAAUUACAGGAGGCUGUUAGGUGGACAGAGAUGAUCAGAGCCUCCAGAGAAAACCCUUCCCUUACUGAGAAGAAGAAAUCCAGCAUCUGGCAAUUUUUCAGCCGCCUAUUUAGCCCCUCCUCCUCCAGCACGGCAGUGAUGAAGAAGGCGGAGUCCCAGGGGAGGGAGGUGAGGUACACGCCCCCUGCAGGAGGGGGAAUGAAGAAGAGGAGCAGCACCUUCUCCCAGUUCCCCACCGAGAAGUCCAAGGCCUUCGACUUCCUCAACGAGGAAAUGGACCCGUGCGCCUCUCCGUCCCGUAGGGAGCAAAAGAGGGCCCAGUACAGACAGGUCAAAGCCCACAUGCAGAAGGAGGAUGGACAGGUACAGGCCCACGGAUGGAGUCUACCCAGCAAAUCUAAGGUAGUGAACGGGGGCCCAACAGAGAACAAAGAGAAGAAUCUACCUGUGCCAGUCUAUCUGAGGCCCCUGGACCAGAAAGAUGCUUCUAUGAAGCUGUGGUGUGCUGCGGGUGUGAACAUGUCAGGAGGGAAGAUCAGAGAGGGAGGGUCCAUGUUGGAAGGACAGAGCAGGAAGGGCUCUGUGAGCAGCCUGGACCAUUUAGAGACAGAGAACAAGGAGCAGGAGAAAGGUGACCAGGAGAAGGAGAAGGAGCUGCGCCUGCAGGAUGAGAUGUCCUGCAGGGUGUGGAUCUGUACCAGUACCCACUCCUCUACUAAAGUCAUGGUGCUGGAGGCCAACCAGCCCUCUGACCUGUUGGACAGCUUCUACGCCUGCAACUCACACGUCCUCUGCAUCGCCAGCAUACCAGGUGUGUUGGAGACAGACUACCCUGCAGGGGAGGAGCUACCUGUACCCCAGGACCUGGAGUCCGGGCCAGUUGAUGGCGUGUCAUUGACAGGCAGCGUGGCCAGUCUGGGCUCCGCGGGCAGCGACGGCGCCUUGGCAACGGAAGGGACCACCGCCGUCCUCCAGAUGGCUGGGGCAGGGCUCAAUGACCUCCCGGCCCAGCACAGCUCAGUGGAUCUGUCCAGAGAGCCCAGUCCUGCAGAGGAUGGGGUCCCCACGGCGGAAGAGGCCACAGAGGCUACAGAGGAGGGGGAGGAGAGCCAGGGGCUGGUCGUCAGUCAGCCAGGCAUCUACACAGAACAUGUGUUCACAGACCCUCUGGGAGCCGGCCACCAUGAGUCCUCCACUGCAGACACACAGAGGGACCAGGAGGGGGUGGGUGAGGCGUCUCUUCCCGACAACAUGCUCCCUGCUGGGGAGGACGUCCAGAGGAUGAGCAGCGCCCUGCCCACCAUGUGGCUGGGGGCCCAGAACGGAUGUUUGUAUGUGCACUCGUCUGUGGCUCGGUGGAGGAAGUGUCUCCACGCCAUCAAGCUAAAGGACUCCAUCCUCAACAUAGUACAUGUCUUGUAGAGGAAGCCAUGUGCCUUGGCUGACGGCACAUUGGCUAUAUUCCACAGAGGCCUGGAGGGACAGUGGGAUCUGACUAACUACCACCUACUAGACCUGGGCCGGCCGCACCACUCCAUCCGCUGUAUGACAGUGGUGCAUGACAAGGUGUGGUGUGGCUACAGGAACAAGAUCUAUGUCAUCCAACCCAAGGCCAUGAGGAUAGAGAAGUUGUUUGACGCCCACCCCCGGAAGGAGAGUCAGGUGCGUCAGCUGGCCUGGGUGGGAGAUGGGAUCUGGGUAUCCAUCCGCCUGGACUCCACCCUCAGACUGUUCCACGCCCACACCUACCAGCACCUCCAGGACGUCGACAUAGAGCCCUACGUCUCCAAGAUGCUUGGUACGGGUAAACUGGGCUUCUCCUUCGUCAGGAUCACAGCCCUCAUGAUAUCCUGUAGCCGUCUGUGGGUCGGAACGGGAAAUGGUGUCAUCAUCUCCAUCCCGCUGUCAGAAGGUAAGUCCAUACUAGCUACAUCUCAGUCAUCUAAGAUGGCCUCCUCUCCUCACCUUCCCUCAAUCAUUGUUCAUUGCCCCUUGAAAAUGUUCACGUCCCUCAUAAGACCAUGUUUUAUAACAACGUACUAUAGGUCCUCCUCAGCAUGGAGUCUUACUGAGGGGCCUCAGGGCCAACAAGACAGCGGGUGCAGUGCCAAAUCGCCUGGCGGUGCCGUGCAGGUGUUCAGUGAGGAGGGCACAGAGAGCACCUUGCCAGGCAGCUACGUGCCCUACUGUUCCAUGGCACAGGCACAGCUGUGUUUCCAUGGACACAGAGAUGCAGUCAAGUUCUUUGCAGCCGUCCCAGGUCAGGUGAUCCCGUCCCCCGGACCCGGAGGGGAUUCUGGGUCGGAUGACCCCGCCUCUGAGUCGUCUGACAUGGCGACCUCUGAACCUGCCAAAACCUUCCUGGUCAUGAGUGGAGGAGAAGGCUACAUCGACUUCAGAAUGGGUGAUGAUGUAGGAGAGGUGGAUGGCAGCCUAUCGGAACCCACCAUGAAGCAGGCCACCCCCGCCAAACCAGAACGCAGCCACAUCAUCGUCUGGCAAGUCACUUCCUGCCAGGAGUGAGCCAAUCACAGACUGCCACAUCACUACUUGGUCGCCCAACUCCCCCGCAUGCCCCUCCCUUAGGUUUUAAGUUGUUAUUAUUGAUAUUAUUAUUACUACUGUGGAUGACUACAUUGUUGCUAAGGAUUCUUUUAGUGUCUGUUUUAAAUGUAUCCAUGAAUUUGGAGCCUAAUGUUUGCCAGGCAAGGUUAAAGUGAAGCAGUGAAGUCAACUCCUGAUAA